CGAACUCCAACACUCUCACCCUCGAGUGGUGAUGAGGAGAUGAUGAUAGAUUUGGCUCUACUCGUGCCAGUCGAUAUGCCCUAUCCUCCCAUGAAUGUUGUGUGGAAAAACGCGGUUACCGCCCUUUUUCGCUCUUGGUCAGUUCUUUGGUAUUUUACUAGCAUCCUUGUCACCUUGCGUUUACGGAUCUGGGACAGCCGUUCCACGGUUGAUGCCCAUUUUUGUUCAGUUGAAGUGGACAACCUUUGUUGGCCGUUUGGGUGUGCAUCAGUUCUGAGGCCCUUAAGCCCCGUUUGGCUGCGCAAUGUUAAUCUCGCUCUUCUGCCUCCCUCGGUCUCUAUCGGAACUCUCACUUCAUCACAAGUCGUCUCGGGUGGCGGCCAAACGGGUGUGUUUUCAGCCCCCCUACCCUCUUAG